AUGUCCGAAAACAACCAGAGAGAGGCUGUGUUCCCAACCAGAAUGGCUUUAACCAAUACCAAGAACAGACUAAAGGGAGCACAAACUGGUCACUCACUUCUCGCUAAAAAGAGAGACGCUCUCAUGAUUCGAUUUAGAGCGAUUCUCAAGAAAGUCGAAGAGGCUAAACUUAAGAUGGGUAAAGUUAUGCAAGUUGCAGCAUUUUCAUUAGCAGAAGUUAACUAUGUCGCUGGAGAUAUAUCUUAUCAAGUACAAGAGAGUGCCAAGAGACCGCAAUUGACAGUGAAAGCUAAGCAGGAGAAUGUUUCUGGUGUAACAUUACCAGGUUUUGAAAUAGAGCGUGAACAAUCAAACGAAUUCUCACUUACUGGACUGGGAAGAGGUGGUCAGAAGAUACAGAAGUGCAAAGAGACGUACGCUAAAGCUAUUGAAACGCUUGUGGAAUUGGCAUCGCUGCAGACUGCUUUCAUGAUACUUGAUGAUGUUAUCAGAGUCACAAAUAGGCGUGUCAAUGCGAUAGAACACGUUGUACUUCCAAAACUUGAGAAUACAAUCAAAUAUAUCAACUCAGAGCUUGAUGAAAUGGACAGAGAGGAAUUCUUUAGGCUCAAGAAGAUUCAAUCCAAGAAGAAGAAGGGUGGAGACUCAGAGCAAGAUACCAUCGACCAAGGAGAAUACACGCAAGACCAGGCAGGCGGUGCAGACAUAUUAGAUCAAGGAAAAGAUGAGGAUGUCAUUUUCUAG